AUGUGUGGGGAUACCCUAGAUUCAUCCAAAAAAUCGGCGCACAUCCACAGCCGCAGCCACAGCAGCAGCUACAACAAAAAUUCGCCACACCUUGGCACCUCACUCGAUACCCGUCGUACAAAAGCUUGCUUCAUACGAGAAUCCGCCACACCUUGGCACUUCACUCGACAUCUGUCGUACAACAGCCGAGUCGAACAGGCAGUAUCGACGAGAGAAGUGAAACUGAGGCGAGAAAUCGAGAAGCAGAGGUACGAGAACGCGCUGCUCGACGAGAAGCACGAGUUCGAGCGGCUCGAGAAGCUCAGAGCAGAGAAGGAGCUCAGGCUCAAGCUCUCACUGAUCAAGACGGAGGCGGUGAGCGAAAAGAACCACGGCGAGGGCAGAGAGGAAAUUUUGGAGCUCCGGACGCAGAACGAGGAGCUGGAGCGCCGCAUUUCGCGGCUGGAGAAGGGCGGUAAGACAUUGAGGAAGAGGGGUUUGAGUAACAGCAUCCAGAGAAGAAGGAGCUUCGUCUCCAUCUCUGCAGAAUCUCUCUGCUACUGCUCUGCAGAAUCUCGCAGUUCCAACGAUACCGCCGAAUCAACACGGCCCACCAAAAUCCCCAGUACCGCGAAGCAGCGGAUUUCAUUCUCUCCGAGGCCGCAACAUAAUAAAGGAAGAAAAGUCAACAAGGAGCAGCAACAUAAUAAUAAAAGGAGAAAGCAAAAGCAAAAAAUGAAGGUGCAGGGGAAAAGAGAACGACAAAAGCAAAAGGAAAAGUACAGCAGAAAAGAGAAAAGAGAAAAAAAGAAAAAAGACAAAAUUAUAAAGUUCCUAUUAUUACGAUUCUUUUUUUCUACAGGUGAAGAGCCAGAGUGUGCGACGAUGGAAAGCAGAAAGCAAAACAAGUCCACCGCCGAACAGUUCACACAAAAACCUUUUUAGUUGUCGUUUUCGUUGGAAAACAAAAACAAAAACCUGUACUCUUUCCCAGCUCUCUGUGAAAUCUGCCGCAGAAAACUCUCUCGGUUUCUGAAGAGUAAUCGGAAUCCGAUGGCGAACCUCAUGGUAGAGGACACGACUUCUGAGGACGAUCAGCUCGCCGCGAUGACGACGGAAGACAUCAUUAGAGCAACUCGUCUUCUCGACAACAAGAUCCGCGUACACAAGG